ACAUUGAAUUUUUAUUAAAAAUAACUAUUUUCUCUUAUUUUUUGAUAUAUUACUAUUAAGAGACUAAUAUUCUUUAGAAACAGAGAUACAAUUAAGUCAAAGCGAUAAUUAUCAGUAAUUGUUUACACAACAAUUGAAUAAUGAAUUCUAAAUCAUACGCUGAGUCUGUCAAACCUGCGAAAGAAGAAAUUGCUACCAGCUCAAAACAUCAAGAAACAAAAUCAGAUCAAAUAUCGCAUAAAGUGGAUCAGCAUUAUUUACCAGGAAAAUCAGUUUGUGUUGCGCCUUUACCCAAAACUAUAUCAUCAGAGGAUUUAGUAAAUUUCUUGCAUCAAUUUGGGCCAGUUAAAAGACAACAUUUUGGACGGAAUUCGUUUUGGAUUGAAUAUAAUGAUAGCAAAUCGGUUGAUAUUUUAAUGAGCAGAUCACACUGGCUAGCAAAUGAAAAAUUAUGUUUGAGAAGACUUAAGAGAAAUGGAGAAAAUUUUGGCUUUGAUAAAAUGCCACAAGAAAUAAGGACUAAAACCAGCCCGAAAAAAGCUGAGAAUAAAAUUGAAGAAGAAGAUGAUCCGAUAAGAUACGAUCGUAUAAAGAAUACUAUUGAAACUGAAGUGACAUUUAACAAUCAAUUGGCAGCUCUUUUAAAUGCAGUACAACUUACUGAAUAUGAAUUGGCAACAAGAUAUGAUGUGAUUUGCACUCAUCUGGAUGACAUAUUUAGAUCAGUUUUCUCGGAAUGUCGAACAUACAAAUUUGGUUCAACAGUGGCACAAUUAAGUUUCAAAGAGAGUGAUUUAGACAUUUACAUGUAUAUCGGUGCACUCGAUUUACCAUCAUUCUAUCACAAACCAGAUGUUCCGACUCAAGUGUGGACACCAAUAAUUUUCAAAAAAGUGAGAAGAGUUAUGUAUAGUAUGAAAUCUGUAUUUUCCAACAUAGUCUCGAUCCCUAAAGCAAAAACGCCUAUUAUAAAAUUUCGUUACAUACCAACUAAUGUCUCUUGCGAUAUUUCUUUCAAAAAUGGCUUAGGCAUCUAUAAGAGUAACUUCUUACGCUAUUGCGCAUCACGCGAUCCUCGAUUAAGACCGUUAAUGUUGCUCAUCAAGUACUGGGCGAGGCAUUUCGGAAUUUCGGGUAGCGGAAGGAUUUCCAGCUAUGGAUUAGUAUGUCUGAUUAUCUUUUACCUCCAACAAGAAUCAGUCGGGCUUCUUCCACCCUUAUUACAUCUUCAAAGAACUUGCACCCCAGAGAUUAUGUACGGGUGGCAAGUAAACUUUAACGAAAAUACCAUAUUACCACCUAUUAACAACAGCAGCAGUAUUGCAGAAUUAUUUCACAAUUUCUUGUCCUUUUAUAGUCAAUUUAGUUUUAAUUCAUGUGUGGUAUGUCUAUUGGAUGGAAAAACAUAUUCAACAGCUGAUUUUGCACAGCCAGAUAAAUUACCUAAUUACAUGGACAGGUACAAAAAUUACAUCAUGGAUAGCAAUGCCAAGAAAUUGGAUGUUCAUAAGCCAGCAUGCAUACAGGAUCCAAUCGAACUUAAUCAGAAUACAGCUGCAAAUACAUCAGACCGUGCAUUAUUAACAUUUCAACACUGUUGCAAAUUUAGCGCUGAUAUUUGUUCAACAGCCAGUGUAAAUAAUUAUGAUAAUCUAUUGAGAAUGAUUUUUGAUACAAUACCCCCUCAAUUGAUACAUAUGAAGAAAAAGAAGAAGAAAUUUAGAAAUAUAAUAAAGGCUGGUCGUUUUCUCCAUGCUGGAUUACCAGAAGAUUUCGAAACGCGUACAGAUAUUGUUGAUAAGGAACAGUACAAAAAAGAUAAUUGGUAUUUUAUCACUUUUAAUUUAAUAAGAGACAUUUUCGAAAUGAUAUUCAAAUUACAAGUUGAAGUAAUUGAUCAAGAAGUAAAACAGCAGAAAAUUGAUGUAUUAUCUGAUGUACAUACCAGAAAUAAUCAGAAGGUAACUUUUCACUGUACGGGUAACAAAUGUGUUUGGUACAAUAGAAAAAAGAACAAUAGAACUCUUUUGGAUCUUCAAAUAAGUCUUCUAGAAAAAGAAGCAAUCAUGUCAGAUAAAGUAGUGGAGCAAUUAAAUGAACACGACCAGGCAAAUAAUAUUAAACUAGAUUUUAUAUGUACGUUAGAAAAGGCAGACAAUCCUGUAGCAGUGAUUAUAAUAUUGAACGAUGAGAAUAGUCAGAAUCAUAUUAUUCGACAAUUCGAAUGCUUUGUGAAUACUUGGAUACCGAAGAUAAUAAACAAAACAUUGCUACAUAUGCUGCAAUUCAAAAAGACCUAUGAUCAAUUGCUAUGUCAUCAAAAGUCGUGAUGAUUUUAAAUCGUACAUUAUUUACUUUCUGAUACGGACCAAAAAUAAGUAGUUUGCAUACGUACCCUUUAUUGCAUACGUACCCCCUUGUUAAAGUUACAUUAAUACAAUGUAAUACAUUUGAUCGUAUUUGAUUGAUUAUUUCUAAAAAUUCGGGGUUGUAUAAAAUAUAAAUUUUCUCUUUGGAAAAACAUGUAUAAAUGAAUAUCAAGAAUAGCUUUUACGUCAUGUUUCUUAAUAUCAUACAUAUUUCUCAAUAUAGCACACUACCGCCUAGUCAAUUUAUAGUCAUUAUAGUCAUUAUUUAUUAAAUCUAUAUUGCGAACUGUAAUCAGUUCGUAUAAGUUAGAGUAUGUAUAAUCGAACAUGAAAUAAAUACAAGUUUCUACAAA